AUGUUAGCUGCUCGAGGAGUAUCGUUGGGCUUAGGAAAGAUCAAUCUUUCGGAUUUGAAUGAAUUGCCAGGGGAUAGAAAGAGACGAUAUGAACAGAAAAAGGAGGAGCAGCCUAGUAAACCUCGCAUUAGGAUUAAAAAGAAAGCUGAUGCUAAGACCGUCUGGGCUGCAUGUCGAGCUGUGAUGUUUGGAAGUAUUAUAAUAGUAAUCGGAUUAGCCAUGACCAUAAUUGGAUAUUUUGAUAAACAUUUUUCACAGAAGGUAACUGUGAUAGAAGGUAUCGAAUCAUAUUAUUACGACAAAUUUAUUCAAUAUCAGUUAAAGAGUAUGCAGUAUUUGGGACCAAUUCUGAUGGGUGUUGGAGCUUUCAUCCUCAUAAUUGCUUGCGUGGUGACGUUAGAGAGUCGUGAUAGGCAUACACAGAUAAUAUCUGAAGAUUCGCAUAAACGUCGACGGCUGUUAUCUGAAGUUGAUGAGGAGCAGCAUGAGCUGAUUGUUCGCAAACGAUCUACAAACCAAGUAAAAACGUUCGCGGAAAUUCAUCAACCACAGAUUGGCUUAGCACCUUUAGCAGAUUUUGAAUCAGUUGAUAUUCAUUCGUGUUGUAGCGAAUUAACGACUGACAGAGAUGUUGUCAUACAAAUGACAGAAAAAUAA